AGCCCGCUGACGACGACGUCGCCCGCGUCCGAGUUCUUCGGCAUCAACCAGUCGAUCCGCUACGGCACCUCGACCUCGAUCCUGUCCAGCACCGCCGGGAUCGUCGACACAGGCACCACGCUCACGCUCAUCUCCACCGACGCGCUGACCCGGUACACGCGCGCGACGGGCGCGGUGCAGGACAACGCGACGGGCCUGCUGCGGCUCACCACCGCGCAGUUCGCGAACCUGCAGUCCCUCUUCUUCACCAUCAACGGCGUCAACUUCGAGCUCACGCCCAACGCGCAGAUCUGGCCGCGCGCGCUCAACACCGCGAUCGGCGGGAACGCGAACAGCGUGUACCUGAUCGUGAACUCGAUCGGGACGCCGACGGGCGAGGGCCUCGACUUCAUCAACGGGAUGACGUUCCUCGAGCGCUUCUACUCCGUGUUCGACACCGCGAACAAGCGCGUCGGGUUCGCGACCACGCCGUUCACGACCUCGACCGCCAACUGA